GGCUUGGAAGUCCCUGGGAAAGACUGAGACUGAAUCCCACUUCCGAGAGAACAGUAGACCUGGUGGUCUACCAUCCUGAGUCCUCAAUAUGGGUAGGGGGCAUCUUGGGAGAAGCUGGGCUGGAGGCUGCACAUCUGGCCGUUUCAAUUUCUCACAUUCUUCUGGAGAUCUUCAAUCUCUCCGUCAUUUGGUCUUUUUCUAGCCAGGUGGAUCUGAAGCUGAUGAAAUGCUUUCCCUUUAUCACAUCUGCAAAACAAACACAAAACUAUUUGUAAAGAAAUGUUUUCCCUCUGAAAGUGGAUAUUUUGCCAAAACCUUCGCUCAGAAUAUAUUUUUUUAAGAAAAUUGCAGAAGGGGAGGUCUUGGGUUUUCAUUUAAAUUGGAGGAGCAGAUUCCUUUGUGGCCUCAGAGAGAAGUGCGGCUCCUUGUCCUUCCUCCCUACCAAGAGUUUCUUGGGUCUCCCCCGAAGCCAAGAUGAAAGUCUUCUUCAGCCUGAUCGUCUUCUCUCUCCUGCUGGUUCCAUGUCAAGCAUGCUAUCUGGUUGACUUUGAGCUUCAAGCUAAACCUGGUCAAUACGUGCCACCAAACGUAUGUCUUGAUCUCUAUGAUCGGAAAAUGCAUCUCAUUGGGUCCCAUUGGAUCGCAGAGGAUUGUUAUAGGUGCCACUGUGGUAGAGAUGGAAUGUUCUGCUGCCACGGAGAAAUUAAAGAUACUCCAGGGUGCAAAUGGCAGGUAAAUCAUACGACAUGUGAAUAUGAAUACUAUAAACUUGAUGACCCAACGCAGCGCUGUGAUGUCUGAUCUCUUCGCGUGGACAAACUGGAAUGAAUCUCUCAUGUGUAAAUGAACCUGAAUAAAUCUCUCAAAUCAGCAUCUAAAACCA